AUGACAGAUAAAAAGGGAAAACUUGUGGAGUCUGGGCAGACACCCAUGGACAACUCCGACACGGACUACGACGUGCUAUCCAUCUCGUCCCGCUGUGUCUCCAGUGAUGAUAAUGACCUAAAAGGUAGCUGGUAUGGCGUUGGCCAGCUUGACGACGACACUGACGACCCCGAAUGCAUCACAUUCUCAAAUGAUGGAGACGGAGACACCGGCUCGUCGCCCCCUCUUUCCCCCCAGUCGCUCAAAAUGCCCACCCUAGCCUUUUCCAUCGACUCCCUCAGUGAGUCCACCCCUACACCAAGCAAGUACUUCUUCAAGGACGACCUCAAACUCGAAUGGGACGUGGUAGCUCAUAAGAUUGCUCGAAACCCCCCUAGGUACCGAGACGGCCACAACCUACCCCCUCUGGGAGCCCCUGUUGACAGAGUAUGCCUUCUUAACCUCUGCGGUACCCCCUCCCCAGCAGUGCAAAAGUUCUUUGUGCACUAUUAUGGAUUCAAGACCGAAGUUGAAAUGAUACACCUAGCCAACAUUGACAACUUGGACUUUCACCCUGCAACCUGCUACGUGGGGUUCGUCACUCUCACUAGUGAAGAGUCCAUCUCUUCUGCGCUUCUCAAGAUUGACGCCGCCCUCAGUGCCCGUUCUCGGGGCAUCUACGUCACCUGUUGGGCCCCUUCUCAGCUGAGUACUACCAGUCUCAUCAACACUUCGGUGUACGCAGCUCUCAAGCCUCUGCAAGACACGUCUGUCCUGAGCCUCCCUCUUGCGCUGGACUCAUUUGACCCCCUCGACAUUCAGCUCAUCGAGUGGGAGGAACACAGUGUACGAAGAAAGAGAUCUUCUACUCUAAUGUUCCAGUUUGACCAGAAGACCAUCUGGAAGGCUAUAGUCGGAUUCCUUGUACUCGCCAUCACGGCCCAGAUUGCUCAGUAUGUCUUACUUUACAGUAUUGGAGACGUCAACAUUGUUGCUCCAGAAAUUGCUCCUGCCGUGAGCACGACUGAGUUCGAUCAUUGUGUGAUGAAACAAUAUAAUGAGCAGCAACGCCUGAUGCCAUCGCCUGACAAAGCUACUAUCGACGAAGACAAAUCCAAACGCUGGGUCCACAUGGACAUGCAGCUAAUGAAGGAUUCAAUUCGGAAGACCAUCAAACGAGCCCAACGACACAAGCUUGUUCGAUUCACUCGCUCGUGCGGGUUAGAAUUCCGUCAGAAAGUGGAGGAUGCUCACUUUCCCGAAAGAAUUCAAGAGGCGGUAACGAACUGCGUUUCCGCACAGGCAUCAUUCCAGACCUCUGUCAGCAGUCUAGUCAACGAACGCUACCGCCGACUCAAGGACGAAAUAGCCGAAGUUGAUGUUUCUAACACUGUUCUUCACCUGAAGAAGAGGGUCUCUCAACGUCUCGGAGGUUUCGAAAAAGACCUAAAGGCAAGAAUCAAUUACAGGGACAUAAUCCGUCGGGCGCAAGCCAAUGUCCCUAUUGUACGGGCAAAGUCUGCGUCUCUGUGGCUGGAUGUCUGUGAUAGAAGCAGGAGGUGGGCCAAGGCAACAGAGCAUGGCAUUGAAGCAGCCCUCAGUAGGACUCGGAAUGGCAUGCAUGACUGGAGGGAGCACUUGAAACAAUCUUGGGGCCCAACUACAGAUAAUACUAGGUCAUUUUCGUGGAGAUUGAAAGCAUUUUGGGGUUCGAAGCUACCUGAGUCGUUCAGUCGGUUCGAUAUUUGGACAUUUUGGAGCCCACCCGUCAAGAAGGCUGAGGAAGAGCAGUCGGCUUGGGCAAAGUUACUUGACCACAAGUGGAAGCUGGGGUGGUCAAAGUAG